AUGGGGAGUGGGACCCUGAGGCCACGUGGCGAUUUAACCACAUUAUCUUCGACCGUGUCUUUUACUGCCUUCGGCUUCGGCCUACAAUACUGCGGUUGCGAGGCCGAGAGGAUUCUGCCUUUGCAGCUUUUCUUUAAUUUUCAGGAAGGCGAAAUGCCUAACCAAACGGUAGGUGCUAGGACCGAGAUGAAGACCCUUCAAUCAGUUUAUGACCGUGAUUUAUUAGGCACAAACAUUGCCCCCAUAUCCUUGGAUUCUUCGGUCGCGGCCUGGGCAGAGGCCAAAUGGAUUCUAAGGGAUGGACCCUUUGCAUUCCUCCUGAAGCAAAGUCGUCGUUCAAAAUCUUUUAAGUCUCAAGGCAACAAAACUUUAGUUCAUGAUAAACUCACUCGUGGUAGAGUGCUCCGAGUUCAUCUAGAAGUUGAAGGUAGUUCUACUACUCCUGUGCCUCGAGUUCAACACCCACCUCCGAUUGAUGUUCCUUCAACUCAAGUCCCUGGUGAUAAAGAAGAAACAGAAAGUGUAGCAGAUUCCCAGAAAGAUUUCAUUCCCCUUGGUCGACGAAUUCGCCGUUUGAAGCGAGGGCAUAUAAGUAGCAAUGAAGACAGUGAAGUCAACUUUAGGCAUAAGAAGACAAGCGUCGAACCUCUUUAUUGCGAUAUGGACAUGGCAUACCCACUUGAUGACACAUUCUUUUAUGAUGUACCUGCUAUUUCACAACUAGUUCUAAUGAACGAGGGAGAAGUAGUACAUCAUGUUCCUACUAUGUCCGAGCUCGUGCCAUUCAACCAUUUGCCUAUCGAAGGAGAAAAUGAUACUUUGCACCCGAUAAGUGGUUCAGGUGCUAGUCUAAGAGGUAUGCUUCCAAUCUUUAUCAGCAUAGUGUUUAAAAAUCUUUGA